UAUAUUGUUAGUUAGUUUAAUGAUUUGCGAGGAGUGGCCGUUGCUCAGUGAGUCGUGCAGUGUAUUUAGUCAAAAUGUUUCAGCCUCGGGUUAUGUUAACAUUCAUGGAGAUGCCAAAGAAAAGAGCCAUGGUGGAAGCUGGGAGCCUGGAGGAACGGUUCCGGUUAAUACCAACGAGCACUAAUACGACACCUAACAAGGACUCGAAGGGAAACGGGUGGCAACUGAAGCCAGGGGAAAAGGAGAAUGAGAAUAAAUUACCAGACCCAUUGAAUGAAGAUGUACAGAAAGGACAGUUUUCUGACACAAGUUCGGAACCAUCAGAUGCGAAAGCUGAGGAAGUACCAAGUAUACCUUUCAUUACACUAUUCAGAUUCGCGUCGACAAGGGACAAAAUCUUCAUAAUCUCGGCGUUAAUAUGUUCAGCGGUCGCCGCCGUCUCUACGCCUGUAAACACGCUGUUGCUUGCAUACUUGCUAGAAGCUAUGGUCAAUUACAGCAUAUUUUCUGAUGGUGAUGCCUUUAUGAAGUCCUUAUUAAACUUCGCUAUAUACAACUCGGCUGUCGGGGCGGCCCUUGUGAUUCUGUCUUACGCCGCCACUACGUUGAUGAACAUCGCUGCUUAUAACCAGGUAUACGUAAUACGUCAAGAGUAUUUGAAAGCAGCUCUAAACCAGGACUUUGGAUACUUUGAUGUUCAUAAAAAUGCAGAAAUAGCUAACAAAAUGAACAGUGAUAUAAUGAAGCUGGAAGAAGGUAUUGGUGAGAAAUUAGCGACGUUCUUCUUCUACCAGGCUUCGUUCUUGAGCAGUGUGAUCAUGGCGCUCGUCAAGGGAUGGAAGCUUGCUCUGCUGUGUCUCAUAUCGUUCCCCGUCACUAUGACCCUUGUGGGCGUCGCUGGAUUGAUAGCUGCAAGUCUUUCAAAGAAAGAAGCUAUAGCGACUGGUAAAGCAGGUGCUAUCGCUGAGGAGGUGAUCUCUGCCAUCAGGACAGUGUACGCCUUCAGUGGCCAGGAGAAGGAGCUCGAGAGAUACGAAGGCCAUCUCAACGAUGCUAGGAAGAUCAAUGUUAAGAAAAGUUUGUUCGCCGGCCUGGCAAUGGGUUGCCUAUUCUUCUGCAUAUUCUGCGCGUACGCACUCUCCUUCUGGUUCGGUUACAGAUUGAUGGUAACUGACGAUUACGAUGUUUCUACCAUGAUUGCUGUAUUCUUCGGUGUAAUGACUGGUUCAGCAAACUUCGGUAUAUCGUCGACUCUAAUGGAGGUGUUCGGAUCGGCCCGCGGAGCCGGUGCGCACAUCUUCAACAUGAUCGACAAUGUCCCCACUAUCAACCCCCUACAGAACAGGGGCACAGUGCCCAGUAAUAUUGAGGGCAACAUCGAGCUGAAGAACGUUGAGUUCCACUACCCAUCCAGACCUGAUGUCCCCGUACUAAAAGGUGUAAGCAUAAAGGUGAAGCGUGGUCAGUCUGUAGCACUGGUAGGCCACUCAGGAUGUGGCAAGUCCACCAUCAUACAACUCAUCUCCAGAUUCUACGACGUCGUCGAAGGAAGUGUCGCAAUCGACGGUAAUGAUGUCCGCGACCUAUCAGUCCGUUGGCUCCGAGAACAGAUCGGUCUAGUAGGCCAGGAGCCUGUCCUAUUCAACACUACCGUCCGGGAAAACAUUCGCUAUGGACGUGAAAAUGCCACCAAUGAGGAGAUAGAAGCCUGCGCCCGACAAGCUAAUGCACACCAGUUUAUUAUGAAGCUCCCGAAGGGUUACGAUACACUGGUGGGAGAGCGCGGUGCGUCACUGUCAGGUGGUCAGAAACAACGUAUUGCCAUUGCUCGAGCCCUAGUCCGGAACCCGAAGAUAUUGCUACUGGACGAGGCUACCAGUGCCCUUGACACGUCCUCCGAAGCCAAAGUACAGAAAGCACUUGAUAAGGCACAAGAAGGUCGCACAACAAUAGUGGUGGCUCAUAGACUAUCCACAAUCAGGAACGUGGACGUGAUAUACGUGUUCAAGGCUGGUCUAGUGGUGGAAUGUGGGAACCAUAUGGAGCUGAUGGCAAGUAAGGGACACUACUACGAUAUGGUGAUGCUGCAGAACCUCGGAAUGGAUGACCAGUCGCCUGAAAAAACUAAAUUGUCUCGCGAGACUUCCAUAAUCAGUGAGAAGGAUGAUGAAGACGAGUUCUUGGAAUUCCGGAAUGAUGACAAAGAAGAGGACGCAGCUCAAGCCCCUGACAUUUCAUUCUGGAGAGUGUUGAAGCUGAACAAGCCGGAGUGGAAGUCUGUCACCCUCGCCAGCAUCUGUUCACUUAUGAGCGGUUUCUGCAUGCCACUGUUCGCUGUCAUCUUUGGAGACUUUCUAUCGUUACUUGACGGUGACGACGAAGAUGAAAUUCAAAAAGGAGUGACUCGAUUGUCGCUGAUAUUUGUUGGCAUCGGUGUGUUCUCUGGCAUUACUAACUUCAUUGUGGUCUUCUUCUACGGAAUAGCGGGUGAAGCGUUAACCAAACGGCUGCGACUGAUGAUGUUCAGGAAGAUGUUGGAAAUGGACAUUGGUUUCUAUGAUGACAAGGACAACGCUACUGGAGCACUCUGUGCUAGACUCUCUGGGGAGGCCGCCGCCGUGCAAGGGGCUACAGGUCAAAGGAUUGGUACAGUGGUACAAGCAGUUGGUACAUUUGGUUUCGCUCUGGUACUAUCACUGAUCUUCGAGUGGCGAGUGGGUCUGGUGGCCCUGACCUUCGUGCCCAUCAUCAUAUUCGUGCUCUACAAGGAAGGAAGAAUGACUUAUAUCGCUACCUCUGGCACUGUUAAGGUCAUGGAGACUAGUUCUAAGAUAGCCGUAGAAGCCGUAGCCAACGUCCGAACGGUAGCCUCAUUAGGUCGUGAAGAGACCUUCCGUCGUGAGUACUCGAAGCAGCUCCGUCCAGCGCUGGACACUGCCAUCCGUACAUCUCACUGGCGCGGUUUAGUAUUCGGCAUGUCUCGAGGAGUGUUCAACUUCGUCAUCGCCAGCUCAUUGUACUACGGUGGAACUAUCAUCGUCAACGAGGGCGUACCCUUCGAACAAGUCUUCAAGUCAGCUCAAGCUCUGUUGAUGGGUGCUACGUCAGCGGCGCAGGCGUUUGCCUUCGCUCCCAACUUCCAGAAGGGUAUCAAGGCGGCAGGCCGUGUUAUCGUACUACUGGGACGACAGUCCAAGAUCACUGACCCAGCUGAACCUGCUGUCAAACACUUUAACGGUACAGGAGAAGCGAGUCUCCAAGCCAUUCAGUUCAGAUAUCCGACCAGGCCUCUGGUGCGAGUACUGAAGGACUUGAACCUGGAGAUACAGCGCGGGAAGACUGUAGCACUGGUGGGGGCUAGUGGGUGCGGGAAGAGUACCGUCAUACAACUGUUGGAGAGAUACUACGAUCCUGAGGACGGCAUUGUGGCUCAAGACGGCGUACCACUUCCGAAGCUGAAGCUAGUAGACGCUCGUCGGGCGAUAGGCUUCGUGCAACAAGAACCGAUCCUGUUCGACCGCACCAUCGGGGAGAACAUCGCGUACGGGAACAACGAGGCACGCGUCUCCAACGACGAGAUCAUCGAGGCAGCCAAACAGGCUAACAUACAUAACUUCAUCACUUCACUGCCUUUGGGCUAUGACACAAAUAUCGGUGCUAAAGGCACGCAGCUAUCAGGCGGACAGAAGCAGAGAGUGGCCAUCGCGCGCGCUCUCAUACGGAGACCCAAGAUGUUACUGCUGGACGAGGCCACCAGCGCACUCGAUACUGAGAGCGAAAAGGUGGUACAAGAAGCAUUAGACGCAGCCAAGGCAGGCCGUACUUGUGUGAUGAUAGCUCACAGACUCAGUACAGUCCGAGACGCUGACGUCAUCUGCGUCAUCCACGACGGACAGGUCGCGGAGAUGGGGACACAUAGUGAACUACUCGAACUUAAAGGACUGUACUACAACUUAAAUAGGAGAGGAUACGCUUGAGUCGUGUAUAUAUUUUAUAUUUAGGUACUUAUUUAUAUUGUUACACGAUCUACAUGGUAGAAAUGGAACGCUCUCGAAACGCAAUAAAACAAAUUGUUCUUACAAUUUUUAUUGAAAUGAAAUGAAAUUGGCAUACAGUGCAAUACAGCGAGUCCGUCUAUGUUUUGCCUUGAAGCAUACAAUUCAUAUAAGUAUUGGUAAGUAGGUUUAUAUAUUUUCAGAAAAUAAAAAUACUUUAAUAGUCAUUUAAGUAUAUACAGGAACAAACAUUUAUAAUGGAAGUUAAACCACUGAGACAUCACCAUCAGUCAUAUUACGAGCUUUAAUCCCAAACACAUAAUUAUUAGUUUUAUUUUUAUUUUCGUGUUAUUCAUGCGACAUCAGCCUUGAGCAAUUGAUUACAACUAUUAUUAUAUAAAAAGAAGUAUUUUAUUCCUUACUUAUAUGAAAAUAAAAUUUGUUUUUUAACAUCACCUGUCCGCUCGGUAGCGUUCCGUUUGCACCCUGUAGUGUUAUUUAAAUAAAUAUCAGUCGGAAUAUGUCCACUGCAGACCAAAGCUAAAGGGUUAUCUUAAUCCUCAUUCUUGACUUUUUUUAUGGGGAGAAAAUCAUUCAAUGACUUCUCCCGCCUUGGGUUAGGCGAGAGGGAGUGCCAGACUCUUACUGACUAGAAACCUCCCCGUUCCUACUUCUGCUCUUCGAGCCGGAGCCGCGACCACCCGUUGGAGAUCGCAUUUCAGUCAUUCAAAGAGGCGAUUGUUUGUGCAGUUAUAUACCAAAACUUGUGCUUAUUUUUUGACCUCUGAACAUUAAACCUGUUAUAUGUAAUUGUGUAUUAUAUUUUAUAUACUAUGUAGGUACUUAUUAAUAAACACUGCCUGGCCCAACAGGUCUUGGGGUGAAUCACAGCUUAUUUCACUAUGUAUGUGUGCUUAAGUCAAAAGAAUUUUCCUAAAUUAUGUGGUUUAACUGCAUAUAAAUAAUUAUAAAUUCAGCUUCGAAGCUGUAUUAAGUAUUUUCUAAGAAAGUAUAAAUUUAUUAUGAAGGGUCUAUUUCAUAACGUCUGUUUCAGUAAAGGUUAUCCUACACCUAGGAAACACGGGUCCGGUACGGGUUUUGUGUUUGGAGACAGAACAAAACGGUUUUUUACCGUUUCCAUUAAUGUUAUAAAAUAUGUCAUACGACAUAACGUUUAAAGUUCAUAUUUAAAUAACAAGUUAAUUGCUAGGUUGGGAGCCGUACCGAAGCCUUGUUAGGUUACUUAGGACCUUUACUGUUAGCAUAUCUGACAAAUUAUUUUGACACAUUCCGUGCUCUGGAAAACACAAUUAUGUACCAAGUAAGCUAGGAACUACUUAACCAGCGAUUUGUGAAACAGACCCUAAUAUUGUAAUAACUAAGUACCUAUUCUUAAUUUUUGUAUUAUAAUUUGAUAAAUUAAGUUUAACUAAUAAAUACAGUUAUUUAAUUUUUUAUAUGUAAGUUGCGAACGCUUGAAUAAAAUCAACACUUAAACAAACAGAUAAUGAAUAAUUAGAAGUAGAUUAUGGCAUUUAAUACUUACUUAUAAUUAUGUAUACCUAAUUAAAUGUGAUAUAAAAACACUACCUACUUAAAUAGUUACCUACCAUGUUUUGUACUUAAGUUAUAUACGGUACAAUGGGGUAAAUAGGGUUAGAACGGCAAAAAGGGGCAGAAGAGGGGUGAAUCGAUACUAUGAAGAAUUUCCUUAUAUCUUCCUAUUCACCGCUUUUCUGUUCCUAUCACCUCUCGAUCCCUAUUCACCCCAUUUUACGGUAUUUUAAGUAAAAGUUAUGUGUCUAGAAUGCCUAUCUGAUAUAUAAAAUUCUCGCGUCUCAGUUUUCGUUGCCAUACUCCUCCGAAACGGCUUGAUCGAUUGUGAUGAAAUUUUUUGUGCUUAUCCUUACAUAAGAAAUAAUUAUAAAAAAUAUAAAAAUCUUAUAGAAUUAUAGAACACCUUUUAUAAAACCGAUAAUAUUAAGUGGGUACAAGAAAUCAGGGGGCUUACUCUUGAAUUGAAUUCCGAUCGAUCGUCAUUGGUAUUGUGAAAUUUCGUACUCUUGAAUUGCUA